GUUAUGUUCACUUUAGUACAGAGGCUUCUCAGUUACAGGAGAAGCUUCUUAUUCGCAGAAGGUGCCACUAACACAGCGUCCUUUGUAAGAAUUUACCACUCCAGCGCGAGUGAGGCUCAAUUUCAUUUUCGCCAGGCUGUCGCACUUAGCGUUCUAGCUGGAGUGAAUCCCCUUGAAAUCUUGAAAUGAUCACACCCAGACCAUGUCUCUGCGGGUGCUACGGACAGCACUAUCAGGGGCAUACACAUGCCAUACUACUUAAUAUGUUGAUGCUCGUCCUUAAUUUAUAAGAGAGGCAUCUAUCACGUGGUGAACGCUUUCAAGUAGGGACAAAAGGUCAAAGAUGCGACUCUCUAAUAGAAGGAC